CAAGAUCGGCUAGGUCCUAGACACGAACGUCUCUGGUUCGAUGAUGGUAGCGUCGUCAUAGCCGCGCGAGACAUGUCGUUCAAAGUCCAUCAGUCUGUUCUUGGACUGCACUCUGCCGUCUUUCUCGAGCUAUUCGACACUCUGGACAAGUGGAGUCAACAGCUUGAAGAUGGCUGCCCGAUCAUUCAGGUGACCGAUCAUGGACCUGAUCUAGCGAGGCUACUCCUUAUUAUCUAUGGUUCCGACAGGUGCGUAAUCUACUGCAAGGAGUGGAUGAGCUGACACGCCAGAUGCCAGGCUGUAUCUGGGUUGCGGUAGAUCUCAGAAAUUUGCCGAGUUUCGGAUCGUAGCUCUCCUCGCUCUGAAGUACAAUAUCCAAGAGAUCGUCGAUGACGCUGUGGCCCGUUUGAAGAUUGCUUUCCCCGCGGAGUUCGAUGACGACGCCUACUGGGAGAAUCCUAUCCAGUAUACUCGAUCUGGCGCAAGCAAUCCCGUCUGGUGCGAAGAUCGCGAUCUUGCUGGCAUUGUUCAUCUCGCGAAAGCUCUACAAUGCCCUUCGGUGCAAGUCAUAGCACUCUAUCAUUGCUGUCGACUUGGAGAAGGUAUGCUCUUCGAUGGUGUCCAGUAUACUGACGCCCAGGUGCGGUUCUCGCACGAUGAACUGCGUCUGUGCGCAUCAGCCACCGACGCAUUUUAUCAACAUAACACAUACGUCAUGAACGCUCUCACAGAAACGUACUCUUCCUCGACAGACACUUCCGGAGCCAUCCUCUGCAGGACGACGGCCGAUUGCAAGGAUGCACUCGGCCGCUUGAUAGCUUGCGGUCUUCGGAAUGGACAAUUCGCC